AUGCCAAAGAAAAAAGUUAAAGAGAAAAAAGUUCUGGUCGACCAGUCAGAUUCAUUGGAGUUGGCUAGUGUUGUUAGCCUUCCUAGUGACGGCAGUGAGACUCCAACUGCCUCAUCGAUUGAUGUUGAAGAUGGAUUGGCCUUGGAAUCGCUUCUUGAUAAAGUUUGCUCAGCAAUCGAUCUAAUGGAAGAGAAGAGAACGGAAACUCGAAUUAACGCAAUACGUUCAUUAAUUGAGUUUUUUCGUUCACAUUAUUUCUGUUUGGAUGGCUCUUGGAACUACACUGAAACUCUGAUAACCAGCAUUGAAAAUAUUUUCAAGAAGAGUAAACCACAGGAUCAGGCACUAGCUGCAGAUUUACUGACCAUAUUCUCUCUACAAAUUGAUCCACAUGAAGUUCCCAUAUGGUUCGAAAGGUUCUUUCCUAUUUUAGAACCUGUCAUUCGUGAUUCCACCAAAAAUCCUAAAUUCAGAGCGUCUUCAGCUAUAGCUCUUUCAGUACUGCAGUCUUUGUCAGGCUAUUGUGACUUUAUCUCACCAUUAAAUGUUAUAAAAUCAUUUGAAUUUGUAUUCAAAAGCUCUGCUUCGAAGAUUGAAGCUGAUAUUUUUGAUCUUUAUGUUGCAGCACUUAAAGCCUGGACAUUAAUAUAUACUUUUCUAUCACCAUACGACUCUGGUAAUGUUGGAAAAGCCGUGCUUCCUGUUUUACUCUCUUUACUUCAAUGUUCAAAUGUGAAUGUUCGUAUAAUAGCAGGUGAAGCUUCAGCAGUCAUUUAUGAACGAAUUCGAAACGAAGUUGAUGAUAAAUUCAAAGGUCCUUAUUACAGCGAUCUUGUCCGUCUACUUGGUGAGUUGGCUAAAGAUAGCUCAAAAAACCGCUCUAAAAGUGAUCUCAAGAAACAACGUCAUUCUUUUCGGGAACUCGUGGAGGCCGUAGUGCACUGUGACUACCCUGAAACAUCGAUAAACUUUGGCGCUGAAGUUUUAACGUUAUCAUCUUGCGCUGGACACUUUUAUUAUAACUUCUUGUGCUCAGUGCUAGGAAGUGGAUUGAGGCAUCAUCUUCGUGAAAAUCCGUACAUUCGUAAUCUUUUUGAUCUUGGUUUACCGUCGUUACCACAGCGAAAUGGAGCCAACCAUCGGGUCCUCAAAGAACAAAAACGAUUAACCAAUGUAAUGGCGUCAAAAAGUCGUACACAAAAACUUGGUAUGUACAGAGAUAAGCGGCGAGAAAUGCUUAGUGAACUGGAAUAA